AUGUUCUCCAUCAUCAAGGCGAGGCCCGCGCCACUCCCCGCCAGUUUCAUCCGUUCCGCAACAACCAACGACGCCCCCGUGUUCGUCUCAGAUUCCGCAGACAUCCCUGUCGCAGCCCCAGAACCCCUCCCCCCCUUCGUCCACCAGCCCUUCGACGCCUUCCUCGUCCUCGACGUAGAGGCUACAUGUCUUCAAGGCACAGACUUCCAGUGGCCGAACGAGAUCAUCGAAUGGCCCGUCUGCCUCCUCAGAUGGACGGACAAGCAGAAGAACGGGCACGCAAGCACGCUCGAGACUGUCGACGAAUUCAGGAGCUUCGUCCGUCCCACCUGGCGUCCCAAACUCUCAGAGUUCUGCACCGCCCUCACCGGCAUCACACAGGAACAAGUCGACAACGCGCCCCAGUUUCCGCAGGUCGCGGAGAAUUUUUCGCAUUUCCUCGCCAAGAACGGCCUCAUCCACCCAGACACCGGCGAGCGCCUCGUUCGCUUCUGCUGGUGCACCGACGGCCCGUUCGACGUACGAGACUUCGUCGUGAAGCAAUGCUUCAUCUCCAAGAUGCAGAUGCCGCACUGGAUCAGAGGCGACGUCAUGGACGUCCGCAGGGUGGUGAGCCAUUGGCAGUUCGGGAUGGCGCAAACGAAGAAGCCGUUAUUACCGAGGCGGUUAUCGCUGAACAUCGCGGGCCAGCUCCGCGCGCUCGGCCUCGCGCCAUUCCAAGGCAGAGAGCACAGCGGCAUCGACGACGCGCGUAACAUCUCGCGCAUCGUCACGGAGCUCGCGCGCCGCGGGUUCCGCUUGGAGCCGAACACGCAUAUCCAGCCUGGCCGCCGGUGGGCGUGGAUGGGCAGGUCGGGCCAGGUCAUCGAGGCGUACUGCCUCACGUAGCGCGACGCGCGUCACGCCCACAUCAUACCCGACGCUCGCGGCCUCCGCCGCCUCUUUCCCUUUCUCUUUCAGCUUUUUUUUGUUCCUUUUUUUUCGUGUAUCAUUCGUCCUAUCGCCCCUCACCUCCACCCCUCCGUCUCUUUUCUAUCCCGUUUCUUCUCGUCUCUAUCCCGCGCGCUGUCGCUGUAUCUUCUCCCGGGGUGCCUCCGGGCCUGUCUGCUUCCGUCUCUGUUUGUUCAUCUGUUCGUUAGUUGCCCGACAUCUCCCCCUCCUCUUUCUCCGUCAAAUAAUGAUCUCUCUUCCUCUUCCGCGCUUCCACAUCCAUAUCCACGUUCCCCUCUCCUCUCGCACCUCUCUGUUCAGAUACACACGUACCCUCUCGCUUAUCACACGCGCAUGUCUAUACGUUGUCCGCCUCUCCGCGAUCGCGUUCCCCCUCUCUAGCGUCGUGUCGUGAGUCCCCGUUACCGCUCGAUCUAUCUAUCUAUCUCUCCGUCUGUCCGCGUC